AUGAGAAGGUCCCUCAUCACCAGCUGCAACCCUUUGCGGAACAUGGUUUUCCUGGUGUUAGCUCGGACACCUCACUUUAGAAGGCUUCAGCGAGCAGAUUAUGAUGAUAAUUUGGAAUACUUAAGUAUCUAUGAGUACUGUUAUCUGUUCACCACAAACAUUCUUCGGUCGAUGUUGACUUGCAUCCCAAAUGAGCAGAAGCUUAUUGCUUAA